AUGUCCAAGAGGCUGAACAAGAGACAACAAAGAGAGCUAGAAGAACUCGAAGCACUUAAAGCGGCCACACCACAAGUCCCGGUAGAUGAAGAAGAAUCGAGCGAGGAAGAGUCAGUGGAGGAAGAGAUAACCGCUGGACCUGUCAACGCAUUCGCAGCUCUCGAAGGGGAUGAUGACGACCAAGAGGAGGAAGAUGAGGAAGAUGACACGCCAUCAGCUCCGAGCAAGAAGAAGAAGAGUAAAAAGAAGAAGCCAACAAUCUCGGGUAUCCAGGACGACGACUCAUUCGCUACCCCCGGAACGCCAUCUAAAGGAAGCAAGAAGAAGAAGAAGGCAGAUCCAUAUGCAGGUAUGGACGAAGUCGAUCGAGCCUUGGCAGAAUUAAAAUUGCAAUAUGGGGACGAAGGAGGAUUUGAGUCUGGUCCUUCCCGGUCGGCAGAAGCAAGUGCUGAGAUCAGGACCUCAAUGGCUUUUAGGAAUUUACUGUCUGUGGACACUAAAAAUUUGGAUGCAGAUGCUGAACUGCGUCGUUUCUUCGGCUCCAAAGUAAUUGCAUCAUCAGCAACGUCCGGACCAAAUCGUCAUAGACCAGGUCCAUCUGCCAAGCUGCGGUAUACUAUAUCCAAGCCCAAACCCACCUAUCCUCCUGCAACAUCUUUGGCAGGUUUAGUGAUGCGCGAGAUGAUAGAAAAUGAGGUAGAAGAGAUGUACGAGAGGAGAGGUAAAGAAAGACUAGAUAAGGGAGAGAAAUGGUUUACCUUUGAACACACUGGUCCUUGGCGAGAAAUCGAGAGGCAAUUCAUGGGUGCUGUUAGCUCUCACGAUCCAAAUGAAUUGAUGGCUUUGCUACAAGUUUAUCCAUGGCAUGUCGAUACUCUCUUGCAGAUGAGUGAAGUGUAUAGGCUUCAGUCGGACAUUGGUGCUGCUUCGGAUUUUGCCGAGCGAGCAUUAUACGCAUUUGAUAGAUGUCUUAUGCCUUCGUUCAACGUAUCAUCAGGCGCUUCAAGGUUGGAUUUUGACAGAGUGGAGAAUAGACCUUUGUUCACUGCCUUGCAUCGUAUUAUUUCUUAUCUUGGACGACGUGGUUGUUGGGUAACAGCAUUCAAUUUUGCUAAGCUGCUAUAUGCCCUGGAUCCAGAAGGCGAUCCUCACGGAGCUGUGUUUUGGCUUGAUUUCCUAGCUAUCAAGUCUAAUAACGGAUCAUGGCUUUUAUCGAUGUUAGAACAAGGCGAUACUUCCCCUGCUGCCGCCAACUGGUUCGCUUAUCCAGGUAUGGCUUAUGCAAAAGCCUUGGCAUUGAGACAAGAAGAGGAAAGUAAGAAAAGCAAAGACCAUACCAGGAGUGAUGGAGCUUUGCAAGAGGCUAUCACGGAUUUCCCGCAAGUGGUGACUCUACUUGCGGAUAAGAUAGGUGCUAGUCUACCGGAAGGAGCGAGAAGCGAGUCUCUAUUACAAAUCGAGGCAGGAUUCAGCGAAACACCAUCAAACGUCAUACAUCUUCUGUCACACAUCUACGUAUCACGUUCCGAGGCAUUAUGGAAAGAUGAGAAGCGAAUCAAAUGGUUCGCAUCACAAGUGGCUCUUGCAGUACCUAAAUUGAAUGAACCAACAGCAAAAUUAGCUCGAGAUGAUGCAUUGGCAUUAAUUCAGUCACCUCGAGAUCCACUUGAUGAGGAGUUGCCUUUACCUUUAUACAUCUGUCGUCAUGUUUUAUGUUCCGAAUCUACAUCUUGGGUAGGAUUCUUACCUCCUGCCAUCACUUCGAGGCCAUUCCAUGCCUUUGACCCAUUACCACCUACAACGGCUACUUCAAUAUACGACGAUGCGUAUUUCGCAGGAGUUAGAUCUUCAAAUGGUGGGAAUGGUAGAUCCACAGGUGGAAGCGGAGGUGGUGUCAUGAUGGAUUUAGUGAACAGAGUAUUUAACAUCGCCCAAAACCAUCCUGAGAAUUGGAGAGAAAGGGUCGAGGGCGCUUUUAGAGAUUUAACAGGAAGAAGAGAAUAUCAAAAUGCUCCAAGGGAUCAAAUGGAUAAUGUAUUACAAGCUUUGAUGCAAAUGGCUGGAGACGUUGUACAAGGUGGUGGUGGUGCAGGUAUAGGGACGGGGACAGGGACAGGGGCAGAAGGAGGAGAAGGCGCACAAAUGCCUGGUGGAUUCCCAGGAGAUGACUAG